GUUUGCUCUCGAGCUUCAUAUGGUUCACGAGAGUCUAGACGGUAAAGUUGCUGUUGUUGGUAUCUUGUACAAGAUUGGACGACCUGAUUCUUUUCUUUCAUCGUUGGAGAAAAUUUUGGCCAAAAUUACUGAUACCAGUGAAGAAGAGAGAGUCGUGGGUAUUACCGAUCCGAGAGACAUCAAAAUUGGUAGUCGUCAAUAUUUCAGAUAUGUUGGUUCUCUUACUGUUCCUCCUUGUACUCAAAAUGUCGUAUGGACCAUCGUCAGAAAGGUGAGAACUGUGACAAAGAAACAAGUUAGAUUGCUCCGUGUAGCAGUCCAUGAUGAGUCAGAUACCAAUGCAAGGCCACUACAGCCGAUAAACGAGCGUUUCAUUCACCUGUUUAAGCCGAAGAAUGAGAAGAUAUAGAGAAGUAAAAUAAAUUCAAAC